GACUUUCACGUGAGGUCACAAGUAUAUCCAAUUACAGUGUCUGCCAUUACUGUGCCCCUCAGCAGUAGGGAAAUGUAUGUAAAGUAAUGCCAUUUCUGUAGUGUUUUUUAAUUUUCUGGUUGAAAAGCGCUUUUAUAGACCUGUAAAUGUCAGUUCCAGUAUUGUCGAAGUAUGCUUCAUCACUAGAGGGUAAUGUAAAGAAUCGUUACAUGCAGAAAAUUGAAAAAAUCGGCAUCGAUCCAGCUAUUAUUCCAGACGAAGAGCUUAAUCCUGAGUGUUUACUGCCAGUGGAGCGGUCGGACUUGUUUAGUUUCUUGAUUUUGGAAACAAGUCAUUAUACUUACGACCAGUUCAAGAACUACAAAAGUCUCGAAGCAUACAACCAAGUGGUCUCUGGGUUUGUAGCGUCCGUGAAGGGAAGAAUUGUUUCUGAUAAGUAUGUAGUCGUCGCCAAAGUCCGACAUUCACAACGUAUGAAUGAUCCUCUCGUCGAUAUCUGGCUUAUUACAGGAAAAGAUGGAAGAAUUUUCUCCGCUCAUUGCCUGGGCUGUAAGGCAGGUCUUGCUGAAUCAUGCUCACACGUUGCCAGUGUUUUAUUUUAUAUCGAAUGUUGUACUCGAAUCAACGGAAAGUUGGCUUGUACGCAAGUAAAAUGCUCAUGGCUUCUUCCAACUUAUGUAAGUAAUGUUACCUAUGCAAGGGCAAAAGAAAUUGAUUUUUCUUCAGCAAAAAAGUUGAAAGAAAAACUUGACAAUAACAUUGAAUCUUCUGAUGGAUUCUCCAAUCAAACUCGACUGACUGUUGGAGCCGCAGCGAACAAGAACACGAACCCUAGCGUUUCAGCGGAGAUGUGUCGGAAUUUUAUAAAAAGCUGAAUCGGUGUGAAACAAAGGCUUCAAUAUUAAGUUUAAUCGACCCAUAUGCUGAUCAGUUUAUUACAAAAAGCAGAAACAUCCCAGUCCUAACAGAUCUUUACGAGUCAAGUAAUUUAGAACUAAAAAAAACCUCGAGCUUUUACGGAAAUGUUUAGAAGUUAAGAUAAACAUUUCAGACGAAGAAAUCGACAGCAUCGAAGAAGACACGCGUACUCAAGCUAAAGGUGCAGGAUUUUUUAGGCAUUGUGCAGGUAGAAUUGGGGCCUCUGUCUGUGGUGCUGUGCUCCAUGGAAAUCUCGCACAACCUUCUCAAAGUCGUAUUCAGUCUAUCUGCUAUCCGCAUCUGUUUAAAAUAGACAACAAGGCAAAAAACAUGGAUGUAAAUACGAGGAACAAGCUAUCAGAACUUAUGAACACCACAUGAAAUCGCUACAUACCAAC